CUAAAUGAAAAUUAAUCACUUUUCUCUUUUCUAUUUCAGUAUUUCACUGGCAAGCUACAAUAAUGGGACCGCCUGACAGCCCGUACCAAGGUGGCGUGUUCUUCUUAACAAUUCAUUUUCCAACAGAUUAUCCUUUCAAACCGCCUAAAGUGGCUUUUACAACGCGUAUCUACCAUCCAAACAUUAACAGUAACGGAUCGAUUUGUCUCGACAUUUUAAGAUCUCAAUGGUCGCCAGCAUUAACUAUUUCAAAAGUUUUACUAUCAAUUUGCUCUCUUCUCUGUGAUCCCAAUCCAGACGAUCCUCUUGUACCAGAGAUUGCAAGAAUAUAUAAAACCGAUCGGGAAAAAUAUAAUGAGCUGGCACGAGAGUGGACUAGAAAGUAUGCUAUGUGAUGCGUUCCAGUUCGUACUAUCGAUCCGUCAACUAGUAACAGCAACCAGAAUGGAACCAAUAAGAAGGAUUGCUAUAACAUCAUCAAUAACAACAACAACAACAUGGUAGCAGCAGCAACAAAAACGGCAUAGCGCUCUAGUUAAGCAGGGGUUUAAAUAUAGCAGAACCAACAACAACAGCAAAAGCAAACAACCACAAUGUGAAACAAUUCUUCUUCAGCAAAAAAAUAUGAAAAAUAUAUUAAACAAAAACCAAUAAAAACUGCAUUAAUUCAAGAGUAAGCAAGAAUUAUGCGUAAAACAAGAAAAAACACAGAAAGCAAAGAAAUCUGCGUAUAAAUAAAGAAAAGGAAUAAAAUUACAAAUUGAUUCAUAAAAUACAACAAAACACAUAAAUCAA